GCCAUAUCGCCUUCGAACUUUUAGUUAUCUUCUACUAGACUCUCAUGCAAACCACACCCCUUUCGUCAUGAGUCAGGAGUAUUUCCCCGGCAUGGGCGGUUCCUCGGCCGGUGAGGGUUCGUCCAGACAUGCUCCCGACGAGUCUUCACAGAACCCUGCCCUUCCGAACGCCCCGCCCGCGUACAUGACCGUCGGCAAUGGUUCGACUUCGGAGAGCGCCACGCGCCUGAUGGCUUCGUUGGAGGAGGAUUCCGGUUACGGUGGUAGCAUCGCGAGUGGCAGCGUCAUGGAUGGAAAUGGUGGCGGUAGGAUCAGGUCGGAGCUGUUGGAAGACCGACCAACCCCGAUGCAUACCCCAUCGUACCCGGGGUAUUACAAUGAAGCUGCCGAACACGAGAGACAGGUGGUGGCGAGUCAUGUUCAUCAAUUACAAUACAAUCAAAACAGGACGAAGCUCGGUCGAGCGAUCUCGCGCACCAUCGAAACACUGAAGGAACUCCAGGAUAUGAAUCGCCAGUGGCCGGCCCACUAUCCCUCCGUCCAGAACCCCGAUCCCUCGCGACCUACAUUGCAACACACCCAGUCGUUCGGCUUGAAUAAUGAGGAGGUGGAGGAUCCCCGGCCCGGCAUGAUGAGACGUGCGGCGACGAUGCCUACCAACGAUGAAUUGGCGGAAUCCAGUUCCACCGCGGAGCGUCGAACCACCCCCGAGCCGAGGCUGAUGAGCCCGCAGAUCGCACAGGAGUUCUCGAUUUUGAAGUUGGAUUUAAAGCUUGGUGCUUUGUCUCAGGCCGAGCUGGUGCAUUCCUUGGAAAAGUCGUCUAUCGCCUCUCUCCUGGACGGAAAAAUCAGUCAAAGUGUCAAGCACCUCCUUUCGUUGCGCGACAGAAUCGAGGAUACGUCGAGUAAGGUUCUGAUCACCGGUGACCUGAACGCAGGAAAGUCAACCUUCUGCAAUGCUUUGCUGCGGCGCAAGGUGCUUCCGGAAGAUCAGCAACCCUGCACCAGUAUCUUCUGCGAAGUUCUGGAUGCUCGAGAGAACAGCGGGCUUGAGGAGGUGCAUGCCGUGCACAAGGAAAAGCAGUACAAUCGCAACGACGAGAGCACCUACGACGUGUACCCCUUGAAGGAGCUGGAGAACAUUGUGAUCGACAACUCUCACUACAUGCAGUGCAAGGUUUACGUGAAGGAUGUGCGAACUAUCGAUGAAUCUCUAUUGAACAACGGGGUGGUUGAUAUUGCUUUGAUUGACGCCCCUGGCCUGAACUCGGACUCUUUGAAAACCACGGCAGUUUUCGCUCGGCAGGAAGAGAUCGACGUCGUUGUCUUUGUGGUUUCUGCCGCCAACCACUUUACGCUCUCCGCCAAGGACUUCAUUCACAAUGCUGCGCAUGAGAAGGCUUACAUGUUCAUGGUAGUCAACGGCUUCGAUCAAAUCCGGGACAAGCAACGAUGCGAACGGAUGAUCCUGGAUCAAAUCAACAAACUCAGCCCUCGUACAUACAAGGAAGCUGCAGAACUCGUUCACUUCGUUUCCAGUAAUGCUGUUCCAGUUGCCCCUCCGAUGUCCGUCGAAAGCUCCGGCGGUGGUGGUGGCGGCGGCGGAGACUCCGAUCCGCAUGACGAUGACGACGAUUCAAACGAUAAAAAGGGAAAAGGAAAGGACAAAGGAAAAGAGAAGCAGAAGAUUCAAGACUUUGAAAACCUGGAGAGCUCGCUACGACGGUUCGUUCUGGAGAAGCGUUCCCGGUCGAAGCUUGCUCCCGCCCGGACUUACCUUCUCAACUUGCUUGCGGACCUGAACUCGUUGGCCGGGGUCAAUCGCGAUGUCGCUCAAGCUGAGCUUAAGCGUGUCACAGAAGAACUCGCGGAGCUUGAGCCGGCCUACGAGGACGGUAAGAAGAAGAAGGUUGAGCUUGAUGUUCAGGUUGAUAAAUGCAUCGAUGAUUCCUGCGACGACGUCUAUAACCAUACCCGCACCACCCUUUCCGACACCAUUGCUCGUGUAUCUGAUGCCGAUCUUGGUGUCGAAUACCCCGGGUUCCUCUCCGCGUUCCAAUAUGCCGAAGAUUUGAAGGUGGCCAUGCUGGAGCAAAUUGCAUCCUCAGUCUCGAACUGCGAGGACUAUGCGCGUGACAGGACAGUCAAGGGAGUCGGUUUCAUCCAGAACAUCGGUCUCCUACAUGUCGGGGAAGACAAGUUCGCUCCCCUCCAAUUCCGCGCUGACAUGAUGUUCCGUCGCGGUCGUCGUCAUACAUUUGCCCGGCAGGUCGACACGGAAGUCGAGCUGUUGGAUUUCUUCGAUAUCUCUGGCCUCUGGGAGCGCCAGGAGAAGAUGGCCGGAACGGGCAUGGCUAUGACCGCUUUGACUGUUGUUGGAGGCAGAGCUCUGGGUGGAGUCAGCUGGAUCGAUAGCAUGUUCAGUGCUGUCAAGAUUCUUGGACCUAACAACGUGCGACGUCUGUUCUUCCCUGGCGUGGUCGCUGCUGCCCUUUUGACCGCUGCAUACAUGGUUUCGCAAAUCCCAAGCACCCUGCCACCCCGCCUCUCUCGCAAGCUUGCCGUCAAACUUUCUGAAAUGGACUACGUGCACUCCAACGCGAACCGCAUCUCAUCAGAAGUCCGCCGCAUUCUUCGCCUACCCGCCGGCAACCUCCAAACCAGCCUCGCACAAGGCAUUGAGGACCUUGGAAAACGCAAGCAGGAAGUCAGCAAGACGAAGCACGAGAGCGAAUCUGCCAGCAAAUACUUCGUCAACCUCUUCCGCGAAAGUGGCGAAAACAGAACCUCUGUUGACUCCAUAGACCUCGAUGCCCCAUUGCCCGGGGGCAUGGCGGCUCACGGCCUAUGAUAGCACAAAACCGAUGACGACGAUGCUGUACGAAGACCUUUGCUGUUUUGAUGGAUUGGUGGUUUGCGUUGUUUCUUUAAAACUAUCCCCAUGUAUCACCAUUCUUUUUUUCAUCCUUACCCACCCCUCCCUACCCUUCUUCUCUCCAGUCAGGGUCACUGUUACAUUCUCCUUUCUUUUCCUUUUGUUUCUCUUUAUCUUUCAAGGGUUGUUUUUCAUACACUUGUUUCUUUGGCUAUGUUCUCAGAGACGUGAUGUAUUCAGCUUCUUCAAUAAUUCGAUAUCCCACAUGGCGUGCGUUGGUGUGUUCGCUGGUAAUAUUACUAUAAUCUUUU